CUUGCCGCCCCCUGCCGGUUGUUCCUCCUCCUCCACUUCAGGCAGUGAGAAAUCGAUGAUCUAUUUUGGUACUGGAUGAGUUCAUUCACCUGAGUUAGCGGUAUCGGAUUAGGUUGGUCCAGUGUAGUCAAGCUGGUUGGUUUUCCAAUGGCCUUGAGCCGUAUUAGUCAGGAUUUUGAUAAUAGGGUUUAUCUUGAUGACUCCUUAUUAAUCUUUUCAAAAGGUGUUUCUUUGAUCUUUCAUUCAUGAGAAAUUAUCAAGGGAGGAGAUGGGAAUGGGGCCUUGCGGGGAAUGCAGGGAAUGGAGAUGGGGGUAAAUAUCCCCUCACGGCAGGGAUUGGGGGUGAGGACGUGGAGAAGAUCAGGGUUCUGGGGUGGGGAGUAGGGAGGCAUCCCCCGCCCCACCCUGCUCUGCUGCAUUGCCAUCCCUACUUCUGGUCUUUUAUGGAUGCAAUUGGAAGUCGAACAGUGCUGAUAACAGGGGUCAGCAGAGGGCUGGGAAGAGCGCUGGCCCUUGAGUUGGCCAACAGAGGCCACAACAUAAUUGGCUGUUCCCGCGCCCAAGAUGCCCUCAACUCCCUCCACUCCCAACUCUCUUCUUCCAAUCCCAAUCACAAUCACUUGUUCCUUAAUGCCGACGUGAGGUUGAAUAGCAGUGUUGAAGAGUUGGCGCAAACUGUGAUGGAGAAGACGGGUGUUCCUGAUAUCAUAGUGAACAAUGCAGGAACAAUAAACAAGAAUAACAAGAUCUGGGAGGUGCCGCCAGAAGAGUUUGAUAGUGUCCUAGACACAAAUGUCAAAGGUACUGCCAAUGUGCUUCGCCACUUUGUCCCUCUCAUGAUUGCUGCAAAGAAGCAGGGCAUAAUCGUCAAUAUAUCAUCUGGCUGGGGCAGAUCUGGAGCUGCAUUGGUUGCACCUUACUGUGCGUCAAAAUGGGCCAUUGAAGGUCUGAGCAGGUCUGUGGCUAAGGAGUUGCCAGAAGGAAUGGCCAUUGUUGCACUUAAUCCAGGUGUGAUCAACACUGACAUGCUUGCCUCCUGCUUUGGUACUUCUGCAGCUCUCUAUCAAGCACCUGAAGCUUGGGCUCUCAAGGCAGCAACCAUGAUACUAAAUCUCACAUCAGCAGACAAUGGAGCAUCUCUAACUGUCUGAGGUAAAGAGUCCAAGAUAUACUAAAAUGAGGACUUUCAGCAGUCUUGAAAGAGAUUGAAAUUGUGAAGAUCAAAAGAAUUAAAACAAGGGGAGUAGAACUAAUUGCACUUCUCUUCAAACUCUCUGAAACUACCCUCUCUGUCAUUGGCUUCCACCAUCUCCCCUGGCCCUCUUUUGCACUAGCUCCAAUGACUAACUUCCACCGUCAAUAAUGAGCCAUGGUUUGUGCUGCUCUCUUUCUGUUGGAUUUUAAAUUUUGUUGCAAGUGGUUACUAAUAGUGCAUUUUCUGAUAACCACUGGCGAAAGGGAAGAUGUUGAUGGAUGGUUAUGGGAUGGCGCUUUCCCUCUUUCAUCAAUGUUAGGCAAAAAGAAGAUGAUGGAGUGAUGGUUCUGUUCUCCCUCUAUUUAUUUUAUUUUAGUAUUAUUAUUUUUUGCGUUGGGCUCAUGGUGGUGUUCUCAUGGUGGCGUUCUUGUUUUCACUUUCUUUUCUGUUUUGGGUUUUACGUCUCGGUGUGCUUUCUGGAUUUAGAGAGCGAGGCAAAGUAGAAGAGAAUUCUCGUGUUUAUCACCAUGUAUUUUGCUACUUUUUUUUUCCCAAAAUUUUCUAGAGUGUACCUACUUAAGUUGUCUUGUUAAAGAUGAACGUAGUAUUUUGUCUCAAUGGUCUGAGACUGGAAGCUUUAUGUCGUAUUACUUGUGUACCUAUUAUUUGUUGGAGUUUGCUAUUGCCGUUGGAUUUCUUUCUCC